CGCCCCCUCUCCGGCCCGGCCCCGCCCGCGCGCCGCUGCAGACCUGCAUCCUUCCGGACCAGGACCGCUCCCCGCCGGCUGUCCGCAUCCUCCGCCAGCGCCGGUCCCUGGGCAGGUGUGGGUGGAAUGCAUCCUUGGGACAUCUUUGCAUAGCCCCAUUUAGGAAGAAGCUCUGUGAUAUGUGAACUGUGAGUUUGCUCAAACAAGUCCAACUCUUUAUAAGGCAUAGAGGUAGAUGUCAGGGCUGGGAUGGAAGAGCCAGCAGCAAUAGAAGGCCAGGGCCAGCUCCCAAGCCCCCACCAGGGUCCUCUCAGGAAGGCUGUGGCUGCUGCCCUGGCCCUGGAUGGGGAAUCUACAAUGGGGCACAGGAAGAAGAAGAGGAAAGAGUCUCGCCCAGAAUCAAUCAUCAUCUACCGCUCAGACAAUGAGAAAACAGAUGACGAACUCGGGGAAUCAGAAGGUGGAGAUCGGCCUAAAGAGGAGGAGGGAGACGAUUUCCUAGACUAUCCGGUGGAUGAUGAUAUGUGGAAUCUGCCUCUGGACAGCCGUUAUGUCACCUUAACUGGGACCAUCACACGAGGGAAGAAAAAGGGUCAGAUGGUAGACAUCCAUGUCACAUUGACAGAGAAGGAGCUGCAGGAACUGACCAAGCCUAAAGAGUCAUCAAGGGAAAUGACACCUGAAGGAAGAAUGGCCUGCCAGAUGGGAGCCGACCGUGGGCCCCAUGUGGUCCUAUGGACGCUGGUCUGCCUGCCUGUGGUCUUCGUCCUCUCUUUCGUUGUCUCUUUCUACUACGGCACUAUCACCUGGUACAACAUCUUCCUCGUGUAUAAUGAGGAGAGGACCUUCUGGCACAAGAUCUCGUAUUGCCCCUGCCUCAUUCUCUUCUAUCCGGUGCUCAUCAUGGCCAUGGCUUCUUCCCUGGGCCUCUAUGCCGCUGUGGUCCAGCUCUCCUGGUCCUGGGGAGCAUGGUGGCAAGCUGCCCGGGACAUGGAGAAAGGCUUCUGUGGCUGGCUCUGCAGCAAGCUGGGUCUGGAGGACUGUUCUCCCUACAGCAUUGUGGAGCUACUUGAAUCCGACAAUAUCUCAAGCACUCUCUCCAACAAGGAUCCCGUCCAAGAAGUAGAAACGUCCACGGUCUAAACUCCCAACUUACUUUAUUCUCUGGUUCCAGUAGCCUAUACAUAAUCUUAUAAUUCCAGCACAUUCUUUCUUUAAAUUACCCCCUACUCCCCCUCAGUUCUUCUGGGAAACUGUAGUUCAUACUGAUCAGUUUUACCAUCUUGAGGGUUCCAGGAGGGCAGGGAACGGAAGAGCAAUUGCACCAAAGCAGUUCAUCCAAUGGACAAACUCUUCUGAUUCCCUGCCCUAAAAUCACCAUGUAUCUAGGACAAAGAACUCUGCUGUAUGUCAUUUUUGGGAGCCUGAAGAUGUUACUGGUGCCUGGAACUGAGGGGAGUAUGUGACUAAAUGUGUCAGGGAGAAUAAGGAGCCUCAGGGGUGACCGCAUCCACUGAGAUAAUAGGGAUGGAGUGAGACAUUUAGGAAGCUGGGCUAUCACAGUGUAGCAGAAGGUAAAGAUCUGUGUGUAUCAUUUAGAUUUAGCUGCAUAGAAUUAAAAACCUAAAAUAUCAGUGGUUUAAACAAGAUAGAAGUGUAUUCCUGGCCAGGCGCGGUGGCUCACGCCUAUAAUCCCAGCACCUUGGGAGGCCAAGGCAGGACCUCUUGAUCACAAGGUCCUAACCAAUAUGGUGAAACCCCAGUUCCACUAAAGGUACAAAAAUUAGCUGGGCGUGGUGUCACGUGCCUAUAGUCCCAGCUACUUGGGAGUCUGAGGCAGGAGAAUCGCUUAAACCAGGGAGGCGGAGGUUACAGUGAGCCGAGAUCGUGCCACUAUCGUCUAGCCUGGUGACAGAGAAAACUCUGUAUCAAAAAAAAAAAAUUAAAAUUAAAAUAAGUGUAUUUCUUGUACAGAAGCAUCCCAGAGGCAGACCAUCCUAGGACCCUAUGAAGUAAUUCAGGUCCCAGGCUUCUUUUAUUUCUGUACCAUCAGUAGGAUGUGACCCUUCUCACCCUUAUCUGCAACAUCCCAGGGCUGAUUACAUCUUCAGCCGUCACAUCAUGUUUCUGAUAAAAUAGAGGAAGAGGCAGAGAAAGCACACACCCUUCCUGUUCAAGAAGACUUCCCAGAAGUCCCACUCAAUCCUUCUUUUGUCUCAUUGGCAAGACCUCAAUCACCUGAUCUCACAAGCAAGAGGCUGGAAAUGUAGUUGUUUGGCUGGGUAGCUAUAUUCUCAGCUAAAUAUUGGGUUGGUACUAAUUGGAGAGAAAAAUGAAGAAUGGUUAUUUGUUUUUUGUUUUGUUUUUUUGAGAUGGAGUCUCACUCCUGCUGAGGCUGGAGCGCAGUGGCACUACCUCGGCUCACUGCAACCUUUGCCUUCUGGGUUUAGGUGAUUCUCUAGCCUCAGCCUCCCGAGGCGUGUACCACCAUGCCUGGCUAACUUUUAUAUUUUUUUAGUAGAGACAGGGUUUCACCAUGUUGCCCCGACUGGUCUUGAACUUCUGACCUCAAGUAAUCCACCUGUCUCGGCUUCCCAAAAUGCUGGGAUUACAGGCAAAAAUGGUUAUUUUGGUAGGCAAGUCAGAAUCUUUGCCUCACAAUGAUCAUUUAAAUACAUUCAGAAUUCCAAACUGCUAAUAUAGUUUUAUUUAUUUAUUUAUUUAUUUAUUUAUUCAUUCAUUCAUUUAUUUGGGCCUGAAUCUUACACAGAGAAUUUAUAUAUAGAUAUUAGCUAUAUAUAUUUCAUAUAUGCUAUACAUAGAUAUUAGCACCUCACGUAUUUGACAGUUAAACUUCCUUAAUGUCAUGUGAUUUUUUUUUUUUUUUGGAAAGGAAUAGUGGAAGGAGAGUACAAUGUACAAUAGUAGCAUAACUCUUUGUCCUGGUGGUGGAGGUGGAACAGGGGUGGUGAUAUUUAACCUAGAUUAAAGACCAGGAAGGGAGGGAUUGCAUCUGCCAAAGUUUCCUCCAACAGGGAUCAGUAGCUCUAAGGACAAAGAAGCCCGAUUUUGCCUUCUGUUGUUUGGCAGAAGCUCACUCAGAAGUUUACUCCCUCCGACCUUUCUGAAUUUAACAACAGACAUGAUCUUUGCUGUGCUGAGAAACUUGUGUCUUCCUGGCCUGUAGGGAGUGCAAACCAGAUUAAUCCAGAUUAAUAGACUCUGAACUUAAAAAAACAAUCAUUCUAAGGGUGUCCUAAUUUUAAAAGAUCAACUCCUAACAGGUCAGCAGAAUUUGGAGACUUGGGUCCUUAUAAGAAUAGCUGGUGCUCUUUUCUUGUUCAUGUCUAAGAACAAAGCUGUUGAAAAAACUGCAAUGAAUCAAACCAGAGUAGCUGGCCAUGCUCCCCCACAGAGAGCCCGGGGCAUGCGCCUAAUGUAUGGUGCUGAGCUCCACCUUCAGAGGAACUCUUUUUUUUUUUUUUUAAAUAACUAUUAUUAGCUUGCAAGAAAAAAAAGUGCCCAACAGUUUUAAAGUUAACCUUGGUGCUCUAUGGUGCAUUUGCAGAGAUAUUAACAGUUAAAAUGAAGACAAGGAAAAUAAAAAUAAAGUCUGACUAACAUUU